UUUUGAUCUUAGAACAUAUUCAAAUUUAGAACGCCCCCUAGCGCGACACGAAGCAAUUUUCACUGAAAGAAGCCUUUGAAAGAAUCCUCUAGAAAGUAGGCAAAGAAUCUCCGGUAUCAAAAUCAUUACGUGAGAAAUUGUUCAUAGUCCGACGUUAAUCUACCAAACUGACAAGAUGUGUGACCGCAAGGCGGUGAUCAAGAAUGCUGACAUGAGCGAAGAAAUGCAACAGGAUGCUGUUGACUGUGCAACGCAGGCUCUUGAAAAAUUCAAUAUUGAGAAGGAUAUAGCAGCAUUCAUCAAGAAGGAGUUUGAUAAGAAGUACAACCCGACAUGGCACUGCAUUGUGGGGCGAAACUUCGGGUCGUAUGUGACGCACGAGACGCGCCACUUCAUCUACUUCUACCUGGGCCAGGUGGCCAUUUUGCUGUUCAAGAGCGGCUAAUGGUCUAAGGCUGGCUAACAUCACUUUUAGUGUAUUUAUAUUGAAAAAUUUUAGUUAAUUCCUAGACUUAUACCUAGCAUAGUAUGAUAUGUUAGUACUUAUCUAAAUUUAUUGUUUUUCUUUGUUGAUACAUUACUGGAGAUAUUUUCCAUACUUCUAUAAUUAUUAAACUUUCUUACAAACUG